CGACACGUUCACAGUAUACAGCAAAUAUCGACGAGGCUUCGUAAGGAAUUGAAUACUUUUCUAAUGUUCACCGAAGGAAUGCGUUUGUACGUUUGAACAAAUCGGAACGAAUGCUUCCAAGACUUGUCAACAGGCACGAGCACACCGUGUAUAUGAACGUACCGACGGCGCUGGUAUAGCGAAGUGGGCGUCGACCAGUAAAUUCAUCGAUUACAGCAAAAACCUAACUUGAAACCGAGGAAGGUCGUUCGAGGAAACGCUUCGACGAGGCUAGUAACUAAGGUAGAAGUGAUCACGAUUGAAUCUCGUCGAAACGGACUUAAAAAAUCUAUAAAUUAAUAUUCGAACAUGGCUGGAAAUAAUUUAUAUAAUUCAUGAUCGAUAAAUCGUUGAAGAAGAGCAAGAAAGAUUCAGUGAAAUAUUCCCUCGUGACUGUACCAACGACGUGUCCAGCUCCGUAAAGUGUUUCUGACGGGCCUUGGGUAAGAAGAAGACCUGGGAUCGGGUCGGAAGUAAAAGGCAGUGUUUAGAGAACGAGGAAUCGUCGAUUCGACGAAGAGGUUUCAGAAGAGAGGAAGAUCACAGAGGAAAAGAUGGGAUCGCUUUUUAGGAGCGAGGAGAUGACCCUGUGUCAGCUCUUCUUGCAAAGCGAGGCCGCAUAUGCCUGCGUCUCCGAGCUGGGCGAAUUGGGCCUUGUACAGUUUCGAGACUUGAAUCCAGAUGUGAAUGCGUUCCAACGAAAAUUCGUCAACGAAGUUCGUCGCUGCGAUGAAAUGGAGAGGAAGUUACGAUAUUUGGAGAAGGAGAUAAAACGCGACGGUAUACCAAUGCUGGACACUGGUGAAAAUCCUGAGGCUCCUCAGCCUAGGGAGAUGAUCGAUUUGGAGGCCACUUUUGAGAAGUUGGAGAACGAGUUGCGGGAGGUGAACCAGAAUGCUGAAACUCUGAAGCGAAAUUUCCUGGAGUUGACCGAGCUGAAACAUAUCCUGAGGAAGACGCAGGUCUUCUUCGAUGAGCAAGAGCACGCAGGGUUGAACCCGACCGAGUCGAUGACGCGUGCAUUGAUUAGCGAUGAUAAUAUCGCCAGGCAGACCGCCCUGGGCCCCGUCCAGCUCGGUUUCGUGGCCGGAGUGAUACUAAGGGAACGAAUCCCGGCUUUCGAGAGGAUGUUGUGGCGAGCGUGUCGCGGAAACGUUUUUCUGAGACAAGCUGAGAUCGAAACGCCGCUGGAGGACCCGUCGACGGGCGACCAAGUGUUCAAGUCGGUCUUCAUAAUAUUCUUCCAAGGGGACCAACUGAAGACUCGAGUGAAAAAGAUCUGCGAAGGUUUCCGAGCCACUCUGUAUCCUUGUCCGGAGGCCCCGUCCGAUCGCCGUGAAAUGGCAAUGGGAGUCAUGACGAGAAUCGAGGAUUUGAACACCGUCUUGGGGCAGACACAGGACCACCGCCACCGAGUCUUAGUGGCUGCUGCUAAGAACAUUAAGAAUUGGUUCGUGAAAGUCAGGAAGAUAAAGGCCAUUUAUCACACUCUGAAUCUGUUCAAUUUGGACGUGACGCAGAAGUGUCUGAUAGCAGAGUGCUGGGUCCCGGUGUUGGACAUUGAGACGAUCCAGCUGGCUCUGAGACGUGGAACGGAGCGUAGCGGAAGUUCGGUGCCUCCUAUUCUCAAUCGAAUGGAGACUUUCGAAGACCCUCCUACUUACAAUCGAACCAACAAGUUCACCAAAGGAUUCCAAGCCCUCAUCGAUGCCUAUGGGGUUGCUUCUUACAGAGAAAUGAAUCCUGCUCCGUACACCAUCAUCACUUUCCCGUUUCUCUUUGCCGUCAUGUUCGGCGACACGGGCCACGGAAUGCUGAUGUUCCUGUUCGGCGGCUGGAUGGUCCUCAAAGAGAAACCUCUAAUGGCUAAAAAGUCCGACAAUGAAAUUUGGAACAUCUUCUUCGGGGGCAGAUACAUCAUAUUUUUAAUGGGACUGUUCUCGAUGUACACUGGCUUGAUCUACAACGAUAUUUUCUCGAAAUCUUUAAACAUAUUCGGCUCCAAUUGGAAGAUCGCGUACAAUUAUAGUACUGUUCACGACAAUAAGGAUCUGCAAAUCAAUCCGAGCGAGAAGGAUCAGUAUUUACAAUAUCCUUACCCGUUCGGAAUGGACCCGGUGUGGCAGCUGGCCGAGAACAAAAUUAUUUUCCUCAACUCUUAUAAAAUGAAGAUCUCGAUUAUUUUCGGAGUGAUUCACAUGCUGUUCGGAGUCAUGGUCGGACUGUGGAAUCACAUGUAUUUCAAGAGGAAGCUGAAUGUAAUCUGCGAGUUCGUCCCCCAGAUCGUGUUCCUAGUGUUCUUGUUCCUCUAUAUGGUGUUGCUGAUGUUCAUCAAGUGGUUCAAGUACGGACCGGACAGCGACCAUAACGACCCUGAGCACGGACCAUUUUGCUCCCCGUCAGUUUUGAUCACAUUUAUCAACAUGGUUCUCUUUAAACCCGGACAAGCACCCAAGGAAUGUUCGCCGUACAUGUACGCGGGUCAAGACGGCUUUCAACGACUUCUCGUGGUUCUAGCAGUCCUCUGCAUACCCUGGAUGCUGUUCGCAAAGCCGGUGAUGAUGAUGCGCAGCAGAAAGAAGCAGCACCAACAGCUGAACAAUCACGGGACAGAGAACGGUGAUGUAGAAGGUGGAAUGGACGCCAUUCACAACUCGACGAAUCCUGCGAUUCCUCCAGCGGGUCAGAAAGAGGAGGAAGAGGACAUGACCGAAGUUUUUAUUCAUCAAGGAAUUCAUACCAUAGAGUACGUGCUUGGCAGCGUAUCUCACACAGCUUCUUAUUUGAGAUUAUGGGCGCUGUCGCUCGCUCAUGCUCAAUUGUCCGAAGUCUUGUGGAACAUGGUGAUGAGGAACGGGCUCACCAGAGAAGGAUGGGCCGGUGGUAUCAUGCUAUGGGCAGUCUUCGCCUUCUGGGCCGUUCUGACCGUAGGAAUCCUUGUCCUGAUGGAGGGACUGUCAGCCUUCCUGCACACGCUUCGACUCCACUGGGUCGAGUUCCAGAGCAAAUUUUACUUAGGCCAGGGCUACAGUUUCCAGCCGUUCUCGUUUGAAAUUAUAUUAGAUGCGGCCCAAUCCACGCCCGAGGAUUGAAAUUAACAAGCAGGCUAAUAAUAAUACUGUCACUUAAACGAUAAAUAUAUAAUCAAAAUCGUAAGAAGAAUCGUAAUCGAAUGCUUAUUAAACUUGUAUAAAAGUAGUCAAUAUGCAUUUAGUGAAAGAAGCUUAAUCGACGUUUAAAAAGGCGAAGGAUAUUAGAAAGAGAGGUUUCAAAUGAUUGUUUAAAUUGGAUCUGACAGUAGAAAAGCUGAACUGUUACAACGCAGAACCAUGAGAAACAUGAAAAUUGCAUUCCUGUUACCAAUAACAAUAAAUGAUGAUUAUUGACAAACA